AUGGACGUAUCUUUAAUGGAUUUUGAAUGUUUCGAGCAACAAUUUACAGACCUAAUAAGUGAAUUUCAAACUUUGUCAACAACUGAGAGUCAUUUACGUAAUGCUGUUCGAGCUGAAGCUGUUCGGGCGGAAGCAGCUGAGGCAGCUAGGGAUGCAGCAUUGCGUGCCUCAGCCGAGUCCCAGGCCUCUGCUGCCGCAGCUACCGCUGGCGCUGAACAAACUGCUAGAGCCCUAGCCGCGGUUCAAGACGAACUGGUCACUAUUAAAAUGCAGUACGACCUUGCUGAUCGACAACGCACACUUUUCGAAGAAAAUUGUAUUGAACUGAACAAUAAGUUGAACCAAGCAGAGACCGAACUAGAACAAUUGAGACCGUUGCAAACAAGUUACAAGACUUUACAGCAACAGUUCGUUGAUUUACAGAAACGAAUACAGAAAGCGACCGAGGACGCUGACAAUGAGGCUCGUUCACUGGAGAGCGAACUGCGUCGUGUGUCUCGUUGUGCCGGCGGCGGUUCCGAGGUCCGAGAACGAGCUCGUCUCGCCGCCGCUGCACACGCCAGAGACAAGAGACUGGCAGCGGACGAGAUGAGACACACUAUGAGGGAGUUACAACACAUGUCCAAAAAUAUCACUAAUGAGUUUUAUAAUCUGUCGCAAUUGUUUGUAGCCGAAAUAGCGCGCUUGACAACUGUUAUAGUUGAACUGGAAGGUCAGUUGUGUAAGCAAGAAGAAAUAAAAGCUAAUAAGGAUGAUGUCGAAGAUGUCAUCUCAGAGUUAAAAGCUGCUUUGGAAGCUGAGAGAAAUGAUACAGCUCGUCUCCAGAAAACAUUGGCUAAAGCCUUAUCUGAUAAUGCAACUUUGGCAUCAGAGCUCCACAAUAAUGACAACGAUGCACAAGCAAGAAUAACAUCUCCGAGUAAUAGUCCGCACAGCCAUGAUUGUCCUAUAGAUUCAUUUCUAGCAGAAUAAA